AUGGCCUCCCGGCUGCUGUGCGUGUUCCCGCAGGGGGCUCGCUGCCUCUUGGCUUCGGCCGCGCGCUCGCGGGACCUGCGGGUUCGGGGACUUAAGGACUUCCGAGCCGCCUUCCGCUUCCAGAAGGAGCUGGAGCGGUGGCGCUUGCAGCGCUGCCCGCCGCCGCCGGUGCGACGUUCAGAGAAGCCCAACUGGGAUUACCAUGCUGAAAUACAAGCUUUUGGGCAUCGAUUACAGGAAACCUUUUCCUUAGAUCUUCUCAAAACUGCGUUUGUUAAUAGCUGCUAUAUUAAGAGUGAAGAGGCGAAACGGCAGAAACUGGGGAUAGAGAAAGAAGCUGUUCUUCUGAACCUUAAAGAUAAUCAAGAACUAUUUGAACAAGGAAUUUCUUUUUCACAAACAUGCCUUACACAAUUUCUUGAAGAUGAGUUCCCAGACUUGCCUGCUGAAGGCAUCAAAAACUUGAUUAACUUUCUUAUGGGUGAGGAAGUGGUGUGUCAUGUCGCUAGAAACUUGGCUGUGGAGCAGUUAACCCUCAGUGCUGAAUUUCCAGUUCCCGCACCUGUAUUGCAUCGGACUUUCUUUGCGGUGAUUGGAGCCCUGCUGCAGAGCAGCGGGCCUCAGAGGACUGCACUGUUCAUCAGGGACUUCUUAAUUACACAAAUGACUGGGAAAGAGCUUUUUGAGAUGUGGACAGUAAUAAAUCCCAUGGGGCUAUUGGUAGAGGAACUGAAGAGAAGAAAUAUCCCAGCUCCUGAAUCCCGGCUCACCAGGCAGUGCGGAAGCACAACAGCUCUGCCUUUGUAUUUCGUUGGAUUAUACUGUGACAGAAAAUUGAUUGCAGAAGGACCGGGGGAGACGAUCGGGGCGGCGGAGGAAGAAGCUGCCCGAGUGGCUCUGAGGAAGCUGUAUGGACUCACGGAGAACAGGAGGCCCUGGGACUACUCCAAGCCUGCAGAGAGCGCGAGCAGAAAAGCCGGUCACCGGGGUGCCACCCUGACUGCCCUUGGUGAGCAAAACAGACAAGUGUCACAGUGCUCCUAGCUGACCAUUUCUCAAUCAUACAGAACUAUGUCUCCGACUUUGUACUGUGUUUUUAACAUUAAAUAGGUGUUUAUUUCAGUCACACGUUUUUGGGUUUUAUUUUUCCUUUGACACUUUGGUUUACUUCUGUAUGUAAUUAAUACAGCCAGGUGUAUUAUUUUAUUUUCUUCUAGCUUUGAGGAAUCACAGGUCACACAUAGGUGACUUUCUGUAAUAGCAAUAAAAAAGUGAUUCUUUUCCUCAACACUGUGUUGUAGUAUAAUUUGAAAUGCCCAGGAGUGUAUGUAGGUUGAUAACUGCUCUGUUUUUUGUUGUUGUUGCAAGUGAUCUACCUAUGAGUUACAGCCUCAGGCCUUUAAGAAAUUAAUGUUACAUUUCUAAGCAAGCAAAUGCUUUUAACCAGUGAUCAUCUUCACAGUCCCCAAAUGCUGUAAUAUUUCUGAAAACAUGAGUUAUAGCUAUCACAGCUUCUUACAUGAUCUCUAAAGCAGUUUUGAAUUUUUGUUGCUUUUGUGUUUAAGUUCUAUAAGAUGGCAGAAAAUAAAUUUGUGCUGUUAAUUGAAAUUCAAAAGUAACUUAAAAUGUUGCUGAUAAUAGAAAAAUAAACUGAAAAUCAGUGCGGCUUAAUAA